AUGGAGUCCCGGAAGCGGAAGCGGGCGGCGGACGGCUUGGAAGAUGGCAGCCCGACGAGAUCACGGUGCGGCGAGGACGACGGCCGGGAGGUGACGGACGGCGAGGUGGAGGAAUUCUUCGCGAUCAUCCGCCGGAUGAACGAUCUGUCUCGGUGCUUGGCCUUCGCUGGCGUUGGUGGCGAGACUGGGUGCCUUAGGCCAGCGGCGGAUGGACGGAGGGUCGCGAGGCAGUGGAGCCCAACGUUCGUGUGGGAGGACUUCGCGGGGACCGCCGCCGGAAAGGACGACUGCUGGAAGGGCCGUUCGACUGCGGUGGCGGCCGAGGGGGAGGAGAGAGUGGCGGAUAACGGGACCCCGCGUUUCUUCGAUCUCAACGCCGAGCCGGAGCCGGAGCCGGAAGGCCUCGUGGUCGCGUGCCCACGCGGUGAGUCUACCGCCUCACGCCGCGCCCCUGCGCCUGCCUAA